UUGACCCCAAAUCAUCUCUCUUCUCUCUCUCAUCUUCGCUCGCUCUGAAAGGGCAAUAAAUUAGCGUCAUUCUUUAGAGAGAGAGCGCAGAAGGGGGAAAGACCGUUUAGACCUUGUCGUCUCCCUAGCAGAUUUUGUUUUGUUUUCUUCAGCUCUUCCGCGUCUUUGGCGAUUCUCCUCUUAGUCUCUCAAUUAUCCAAACCAUGAACGAGAAGGCCAACGUCUCCAAGGAGCUUAAUGCCCGCCACAGAAAGAUUCUUGAGGGGCUUCUGAAACAUCCAGAGAACAGAGAAUGUGCUGACUGCAAAACAAAAGGUCCAAGGUGGGCUAGUGUUAAUUUAGGUAUCUUUAUCUGCAUGCAAUGUUCUGGGAUUCACAGGAGUCUCGGUGUACACAUUUCAAAGGUUCGAUCUGCCACUCUGGACACAUGGCUCCCAGAGCAGGUUGCAUUUAUUCAGUCAAUGGGAAACGAGAGAGCAAAUAGUUACUGGGAAGCUGAGCUACCCCCAAACUAUGAUAGAGUUGGAAUCGAGAAUUUCAUACGUGCAAAGUAUGAAGAGAAGAGAUGGGUUUCUAAAGGUGAAAAGGCUCGAUCACCCCCAAGAGUCGAGCAGGCGCGGAGAUCUGUGGAGAGGACUGUGCCUGGAUAUGAGCAUGGGCACACUAGUAGUCCUCCUGUAAAUUUGUUUGAGGAAAAGAAAGCUGUCCAAGCACCUAGAACAAGAUAUAGUGUCUCUGCAACGAGGAUUAGUCUUCCCGUGCCUCCCCAGGGACCUGCUCAGGUUAUAAAGCCACAGCAGAAAGUAGAAUCUGUGGAGACAACAAAAGCAGCGGUAAAUGUUGCACCGGCAUCAGAACCUCCAAAGGUGGAUUUUGCUACAGACCUCUUUGACAUGCUAUCAAUGGAUGAGCCGACUGCAAAUCCCUCAGAGGCAGCUCCUGCUGAUGAUAAUUGGGCUGGCUUUCAGUCGGCUGGAAAUGGUCAAACGGUAGAGAAAAGUGUUACAGCAAAGCCUGAUGAGAUCAGUUCUCCUCCAGCUACUGGCAUCGAGGAUUUGUUUAACGACACACCUACUUUAGUAGCCCAACAAGCACCACAGAAAGAUGUGAAAGGCGAUAUCAUGAGCCUAUUUGAGAAGACGAAUAUAGUGUCGCCUUUUGCCAUGCAUCAGCAACAGGUUGCGAUGCUUGCUCAGCAGCAAGCCCUUUACAUGGCUGCAGCAAAAGCUGCAGGCGGGACUCCAAACGGUGCGAAUCAGCAAGCUGUUGCUAAUGCUUUAAACUUGGCGUCCGCAAAUUGGUCAAACACUGGCCACCAGAUCCCUGGAAUGACUAACCCAGGAGGUGGUCAAGCUGAUCUCCAGAAACUUAUGCAAAAUAUGAACAUGAACGCAAACAUGAACAUGAGACCAGCGCAACCGCAAGCAAGCACUCCUCAAUAUCCAGUAUCCAGUUUCUACACUACGGGUCAAGUUAAUCCCGCGGCUAAUGGUAUGACCCCAAACUCAACCGUUAAACCUCAGUCGUCAUCCUCGGCGACAAGCACUACACCAUCUUCUCAAACAGGCAAAGACUUUGAUUUCUCUUCCUUGAUGGAUGGAAUGUUCACAAAACAUUGAUCAAGAGAGGGACUUUUUCGGAGUUUGCUUAUAUAUGUCUUAAAAUUUGAGGAAUUAAAAGAUAUAUACAAUCAUAUCUGGACAGAUUUUUUCUGUUAAACAAUUUUCUCUUUAAAACUUUGUUGUAGUUUGGAAUUUGAUUCUUGAGAAGAAAGAAAAAAUAUUUUAUCCA